UUGUACCUUUAGAACGCUCUUUCUGUAAAAGCACAAGAAUUAGUCCAUACAAAAGUCUUCUAAGAGACGAAGACGAACCCAGAAACUGAAAGGGGGAAAAAAGAAAAAGAAUAGUCCUAAGAAGACGAAGCAAAGGUAAGGUAUCAAAAAGGUAAAGCAAAUUCAUCAGUUACUCAGACUAUCUAGUUCUGCAUUCAUGGGCUGCUCAGCCUCAAAACAAGUCAAUAUAGUCGCCAGAAACAGUGAGGAUUGCUCCUCUCCUCUUGCUUCUUCUUGUUCUCCAUCUCCAGCUUCGUACCUCUCCAAUUCGAAUUCACCAGUUCCAAGAUCUCUUUCUCUACCAAUGCCUCUAGUCCAUCACCCCCCUACAAGAAAAGGUGACACCCACCACCUUGUGUCCCUCACCUCCACCACUUACGGUUCUCUUCUCCUAAUUGACCAGUCACACCUACAAAACAUGAGCUUUACCUCCAUGGAGCCUCAUUCUCUACACAAGAUCUCUCCUCAAGAUAAACUAAACCAAACAGAGGCACGGCAAUCAUUGACCCCAGACUGUGUCAUCAACACAUGGGAACUAAUGGACGGCCUAGACGAUGACUUUAAAGACACAACCGUGUCCCAUUGCUCCAUUCUUGACCAACCUACGAGUGUUCAAAAUCAACCUACUUCAGAAGGGUCUGCAAAGAAAGUUUUUGAAUCACCUGAAUCCUCAGAAAAAAUAAGGGAGAGUAAGCCACUAUGGCAACAUUUAUCUGAGGAAGCCUUGCUUGCUAAAUUGGACCCAGAUGUGGCUUGGAGUUACCGGCGAGCAUUAUCAUCCAGACGAUUAGGAAGCAGUUUUUCCAGAGGCGCCACCUCCACGGGGUCUAGCCCAUCAUACUCAACGUUUUCUAACAAUCUGCAUUGGCCACCUUUACAGGGUACCGAAGAUAAAAUAGUGGUAUAUUUCACAAGUUUAAGAGGGAUCCGAAAGACUUUCGAAGAUUGCUGUGCGGUGAGGAUGAUACUGAGGGGAUUCAGGGUGGCAGUGGAUGAAAAGGACAUCUCUAUGGACUCGUCGUAUAGGAAAGAGUUGCAGAAUGCGGUAGGAGGCAACAGAGCAGUGAGACUGCCGGAGGUGUUCAUAAGGGGAAAGCACGUGGGAGGCGCAGAGGAAAUAAAGAAGAUGAAUGAGUCUGGAGAAUUAGCAACACUGCUGAUGGGUCUUCCUGAGCAAGAUAGAGAAUAUGAGUGUGAGAAUUGUGGAGGUGUUAGGUUUGUACCCUGCCUUAAUUGCAAUGGCAGCAGGAAGGUGUUCGAGCAGGAAGAAGCACGGUUAAGGAGGUGCCCAGAUUGUAACGAGAACGGCUUGAUAAGAUGCCCUGCUUGUUGCUCAUGAUUGUCGAUUCUGUCUUGGUUGAUGAAUUUCUCAUCAUUAGCGUCGACGUAUUUCUUGCGACAAUGAUUACCUUCGAUUCCUUCUUGUUUUGGGCUUUCUGGUUGAUAUUUGUGAGGCACUUUUACUUUGUGAUUGUUCAUUACUUCAUCAAUUAGCCCCAUUAACUGCCCCUGCUCUUCAGAAGGAACAAAGAUACUCGGAUUAACGGGUCA